AUGACCGAGCUCAACUCGUUCCAGUCGGCCGGCUCAAUACCCGUGUGGGCUCUUCCUAAUGCCCCGGACAUGACAAAAUGGCAAUGGCAGCCACCGAAACCUCCAUCAUUCUGGCCCAAAAUCCCGGGGAUCGAGCUCGACGCUGAGGUCGACGCCGAAGAUGACAUUGGCCCUAUGCUCGCGGAGCCAGAACCCCAGACCGAGCCCGCCGUCAUACCAGAGGCUCCGGCAAUACUGGACUCAAGGGAGACAGUGACAGCUGGAGAGCAGAUAAUGCUGCAAACACUGGCGGAAACGACCCCGCAGAUAGGCCUCGAGCUGCAGGCCCUCUUCAACGACACGUUUUCGACUGCUCGAGCUUUUACAAGAAGGUUUCGAGACUUUACCAAAUCCCUCCAGAAAGAGAUCUCGGGCGGCCGACUACGGGGACCUCAAAUCUUCGAAGUUUACGACCUGGGCAGACGCGCACUUGCAUAA